CAUCAUAACGUAUUAACUUCAUUUACAAUUAUUAUUCACAUCCAUUUUGCGUCCCGUGAUGGCAAUCAAGCAUGAGUUGUUCUUCUUGCUCGCAGUUGCAUCUGCAACCAUUUUGAAUAGAGCCAUGGCAGGGGAUCCAGAUAUUACGUCAGAUUUCUUGCUUCCACCAAACGUCACUGCUGUGAACGGCACCUUUUUCACCUAUACUGGAAUGCGAAAUAUUUUCCAGACCGCAAUUCCACCUGCUUUUCAGGCUACAAAAGCAAGCCUGAAGGAAUUCCCCGCUCUUGAUGGACAAAGUGUUUCUUACGCUGUCUUGCAAUUCCCUGCUGGCUCUGUCAACCCUCCUCACACUCAUCCACGCUCGGCUGAGCUUUUGUUCCUCGUUCUUGGCUCGUUAGACGUUGGAUUUGUGGACACUAAGAACAGCCUCUAUACUCAAACACUUCAAACUGGUGACUUGUUUGUGUUUCCUAAGGGACUUGUUCAUUUCCAGUACAACUCUGAUUUGAACAAAUCUGCCGUAGCAUUUUCUGCAUUUGGCAGUGCAAAUGCUGGUACUGUUUCAAUCCCUGGCACUGUUUUCAACACCAGCAUCAGUGAUGACAUUCUGGCUAAGUCUUUCAAAACCGAUGUUGCCACAAUUCAAAAGAUCAAGUAUGGGCUUGCAGCAUAA